GGAUAAAAAYCCGAAAGUUCCUCCUUGCAAUCRAAUCAUCGACGCUUCCACAAGGCGAGCACGCAACGCAACACGGCAAUAAUUUGCGGUUCUUAUACCACAACAAUGUCGUCGCUCCCGUUGUCGUCGGCAUCGCUGUCGCUGCCCGCCAUCAUGGUUUGCGUGGUAGCAACAGCCGUCAGCAACACGAUUCUCCGCCGAAUUGCGAUGGUGCCGAUGGAAAACUAUCCGUUGUUCUUGACCAUUUGCCAAACCUUUGUCUACGUCACCGUGUACGGGAUGUUUCUUGCCUGCCGCAUCGAUCGAAACCGUGAGCGGGAUCGUGGCAGUGGCAGUGGUCCCCGACAUCGCCCGGUCACGAGGGAAAUGCUGCGGAUCCGAAAGCURCCGUUCUUGUGGAUCGGAUUGUGCGAUUCCCUCGGAGACUUGCUGGGAAACGCGGCCAUCGGCAAACUCCCGGGAUACCAGCCGCCGCUACUGGCCAAGCUCAACAUCGUAUUUACGGCACUCUUUUCGAGUGCGCUUCUAGGGGAGAAAUACCGGUGCYGCCAGAUACUGAGCAUGGGGGUGGUCAUUUGUGGGAGCUUCGUGACGCUAGUUCCGCUUCUCCGGGACGCCCUGUUGGUUCGGACAGAGGAGACCGAAGGUGCGAGCAGCAACGGUGGAACCGACAACCAUGCCCCCGGCAAUGGCGAUUCGCUAGUUUUGCUCUUUUACGUCUUCGUMUAUGUUUCUUCGGUGGCACCAACGGCUCUGGGCUUUGUGCUAAAGGAAAAGAUCUUUCGGGAAUACGAAGCGUCCUUCGAUCUGGAUAUUUUCGUGGUMAACACCUAUACCGCCAUUGGUGGGCUGCUGUGCCAGGCCGUCUUCUUCGUUCCGCUGGCGGCGCUGUCGGGGGUCCCAUACUCACAGAUUUCGCGAUACAUGGCCGAUGGAUACCGCUGCUUCACGAACGACGCAUUUGGUGACAACACCCAUACCGCUGCUGGUGCCGGUGCUGCUAGCACCAGCGGAGAUUUCGAGGGCGACCCAUCGCAACCAACCCCGUCCUGCUACGGAAGCCCUCUCGCGCCGAUCUUGUACCUGGCGGUGAACAUUCUCUACAACAUUUGCUUCCUGGUGUCGAUCAAGUACGGCGGAACCCUGCUUACCUUCAUCACGAACACCGUCACGUUUCCCCUUUCCACGUUGUUGUUCACGUGCGGGAUCCAUUGGCCACUCCUGGGACCGCCCGCCCGAUUGAACGGCUGGAUACUCGCGGGUCUCGUUGUGGAGWUCACCGGCAUUCUAUGGUACUACUCCGAGAAGACCAAGCCGGCCUCGUCACCRCCAGGCUUCAAAAACGGCAYGCCCGAAGCACACAGUCUGGUUGCCCACCACCACGGCACCGAGAAUCCGAGUUUGUCAGGAAAGACGAACCGCGGGGAGAACAAUGGCGCCAGCAGCAACUAYGGAUCCAUAGAACGUGGUUGAUCGAAGCGCCGCCGUUCUUCUGCGUCAUUCGCGGUUGCGGCGCAAAGGCUUUCUAGUACCUCACUCAAACGCAAGCAGUGCACAUGGAGACACCCGUUUUCGCAUGGUGGCUGCAUGAUGUAAUUGGUGUCUAGAGUUUCCACAUCAUUUCGCUGUCAGGAACCACCCUGCCAAGCGAAAACAGAUACCACGCGCUCCGUUACUGUUACUGCUCGGGACGUCGUUUUCGAUGGCAACGAGCGCCAGCGGGCCGGAUUUUAAAAAAUCAUGGUACCAAACUAGUAAUCUAUGGUAUGGAACGACGAGACCAGUAAAAAGCAUUCUGCGYUCAGGUGUUGUUGUCACCGACAAGUCCYAGAGGAGAAGGGGUGCGAAUGACUGGAACAAGCACGAAUCUUUGCAACAGAUUGCUGUACACGAUGACGAUGAUUAUUAUUGUAAUCAUCCGUGAUCAUUAGUAGUAAGCAGUCAUCGAAACAGUAAGAGUCGAAGAAAACCAACCGAACUAGCUAGAUAUUGAUUAGAAGGGCUUUCGAUUAAACACUAUUACUACUGGUAGUAGUGGUAUCAGAAUUUCAAGAAGUAGAUAUCGUACGAACACAACCAAUCAAAAAACUAGUAGAAGUACUGUACUAUGCUAUGAACCACGAAUACAAAUAAUAAGAAAUAUAUACC